AAAAGUUAUGGAUAAAAAAGAAUAUAAAAAAUAUAAACAAAGAAUUGCUCAAACUGAAGCUAAAAUUGAUAAUAAACCUCCACCAUUUCAUGUGGCUUAUUAUUAUGAUAAACAUAAUCUAAGAAAUGAUUUAACUCGAAUACGAAAAAUAGACAGAGAAAAUAUGGCAAUAUUAAGACGGAUAAACAUAAUUGUCAGAUUGGGAGGAAAUAUUGAUUGUUGGUUACCGAAAAUAAUAUAUAAGCCAAAAUUUUAUGAACAACAAACAGCAGAAAAUAAAAAAAUCAAGAAACAAAAUAAAAAUAUAUUACAAAAAAUUCAAAAUGCAACUAGUAAAUAUUCUACUGCAGAAUUCAUUCAAAGUUGGAAGGAAUUGCAAAAAAAAAUGGAAAUAAAAAAAAGGCAAACUUUCUUAAACGUUAAACUAUAUUAACGCAUUAUGAAAUAAUACUUCUUAUAUGAAUUUUAUAGAUAUGAACAUAAACCUUUAGUAAAAAUUACUGGAUUGCAAUUAAUUCCAGAUCAUUGUAUGGUUAAAGAUUUAUCUUUACUAAAGGAAAUGAAUCCGUCUAUUCGAACCAAAUGUUUUUUUGAAAUUGAAAUUAAAGGAGAUCAAAAAUUAGGAUGCAUUCAAUUCGAACUUUAUAAUGAUAUUGUACCUCAAACAUGUAAAAAUUUUGCAGAAUUAUGUCGUGGAUUUAAUGGUUUAUCAUAUAAAAAUACACCGUUUCACCGAAUUGUUUCUGGUUAUUGGUGUCAAGGUGGAGAUGUUACAAAAUUUAACGGAAGCGGAGGAACCUCUAUAUAUGGCGAUUUUUUCGAAAAUGAGAAUUAUAAUUUACGUCAUGCUGGUCCUGGAAUUUUAUCUAUGUGUAAUGAGAAUGAGAAUAAAAGUAAUUCCAAAUUUAAUCUUACUUUUAAACGGUUAGAGACGGUAAACGAGAAAAAUGUAGUUUUUGGAAAAGUUAUUGCAGGUCUCUCAAAUAUUUAUAAGAUCGAAGAAUUUGGAACAAAAACGGGAAAACCAUUUAAAACAAUAAUUGUAUCUAAUUGUGGUAUUAUAUGAAGAAAUAGAAAUCAUAGAUAAAAAUCAAAUAAAAACAUAAAAAAUGAAACCAAUUGUUAA